AUGUCAACAACAACAGCUAUAGAGGACAUGAUAUUGAAUUCAGUAGAUGAGGAGGAUGUGAGCGAUUGUAAUAUUAUGUACAAUAGUGAUUCAUCUGAAGAAUUAGAUAGAAAUUUUUUAUGUGAUGAAGCAUUGGUGUAUAUAGAAAAUGUUCAGCACGAAGCAUCCUGUAUUAAAGAAACCCUUACAAAGGAAAAACCUUCUGAUGUUUCUACUGUUUCUAACAAUUUAAAACGCUGUCAUUAUUUAAAAUAUAUACUGCGAUUAGAUGUUCUUAAAAGUUCAAGAGCCAACGCUUCGCAGGUUACAAGUAUAAAUGAUAUAAAUUCACCUUUAAAAGCGUCCAAAUCAAAUGACGAUUGCAUCUUGAAAUAUUUCAUCCUUUUUAAAUCCCAUUUAGAAAAAAAAAGCCAGCAUUGUCCAUAUUUAACCGGAGAAACAAAUGAUAAGGCUUUUUCCUUACCUCGCGAAUGGACUGAUACCGAGUGGGAGAAUGUCAUUUUGAAUCAGGAUGUGUGCAUGUCUGUUGUUGGCGUAUGCGAUUGUGUAAAAAGCAUUUCUAUUUUGAACAUUGUUACAAAUCACUUGGUAGAUUAUACAAAAAUUCUAAAAAAUGGUGAUGCGCUAGAAGAAAAAGAAACUCAUCCUACAAUGCGACUUCUUGAAUGGUGUUUUGCUGCCUUAGCUAAUUUAGAUUUAUUACAAUCCCUUCACGUUGACGUAUCAUGUCAUUUGCAACGACUCAGGAGGUGUUGCCAAUUUAUUUUAAGUCAAAACGAAGACGAUUCAAAUCCUGUUUCGACUGCUCUUUCUAUUAUUCAAUUGAUUAUUGAAGGAUAUUUUAAUCAAUUAUAG